CCCAGUAUCAAACUGGUCACAGGAACAAUUUUUAGUUUAAAAGCCGUCAUGUAUAAGUCGUUGCUUCUAGUGACUGUUGCAUUCAUCAUUGCACGGUGUGUUUGCGAGUAUCACGAUGGCACCAAUUCGUCUUCCCCUGAAGACUCGUUUUCGGAUCUGUCCUUUUCUGGAGACUCGGAUUCUUUUGUCAACUCGACGUCCUCUAUUGCACCACCAAGUCGCGUUGGACAGCCUUUUCUUCGUUUAGACACCUUUUCGAAGCAUUAUUUCAACAAGCGCAACAACUGUGGUAUCCGGUUGUACGAACAAGUUAUCAGUUAUCCGAAUUGUGUUGAUCAAAGAGUGAAAUUCCGUGGCUGUCGUGGCAGCUGCACUUCGUCUGCUAGACCACUUGUAAAUGAAAGGCAUGAUUUCUCGGUCAAGUGUACCUGUUGUAAGGAGACGUCGCUAAGAAAAGGAAGAGUACACUUGCGUUGUCCAAGGGAUCCCAUAUUCAAAGUCAGAAAAAUAGUAGUGCAAGGAGUAACGUCCUGCGCGUGCAGACCUUGCAUCUCGAGUUCUUGACAAUCGACUAUAGCGGACUGGAAUUUCUAGUGUCUCAUGUUCGAUGAUAUGAUUGCUCUGCUUUGGCAAUUAUGCUAAUAUAUUGCUGCUAUUUAUGUCUUAAUUGUUCGUACAUGCUGUUUAUGCUUUUAGUUACAUGUACUA